AAAUAAUUUAAAAUAUUUUAGAUAAAGAAUAAACGCUUUGUAUGUUGUCUGACAAUGACGUGCAAGAAACGGAAAUCGAUGAGGAGUACAUAUUUCCUCCGAAGAAACUCGCGAAAACGAAGAGGAAUUUUUACGCGUGUACUGGUACGUGACGUUCAUUAAUGCAAGUUUGCGUUGUCAAGUCACGCAUCACUGGCAUCCCUUCAAGGUACGUAAAUUGUUUUAUUUCUGCAUUUCUCAUAAAUAUUCAUCACUUAAUGAAAUGUAGCGCUUUCAUCGCAAUUUAUUAAACCAAAAUGGUCCUUUGUUUAUGAGGUGUGUCGCCUUUUCAUUUCAAAUACGCUUCAUUUAGCUUUCGUGAAUUCGAAGCAAAAUAAAUUUAACGCAGACAAUAAUUAAUCACUAUUUGAAAGGUCAAUUAUCUUCUUGACUUCUCGGCUUCUCACUGUUUUAGUUUAAACAGAUAUACUUUAACUAGGAACUACUUAUUCUCACCAAGCGAAAGCAUAAAAAAUAUUAUCUCGGGUCAAGCUAUAAACCGAAGUAAAGUGAUAAGCCGAUCGUGCGGGAUAAAAUUGCGAAAUAUUUUUGUGAUGUUCGUGUUUUUGUUCACCUUUGAUCUGUUUGAUUCUUGUGUUAAUAUCUUGAUGUGAAAUUCUUCCAGAUCGAUUCGAGUGUUGUUUUACAUUAAUAUUUAUUAGUAACGUGCCCGGUAUUGCCUGAGGGAUGAACGGGCGAAGAUACAACCACUUUGUUUGUUGCUGUUUGUCGCUGUUUGUCGCCAUGUGCUCGAUUGCAUAAUCAACGUGCCAUAUUUGGAACCAGUCGUGCCCAGUCUGUUUUGAGGCUGCAAGCGAACUUCCAGACUCUCUUUGGUUGUAAAGAAAAAACGAUGCCUAUUGGAGGUGUUGAUAAAUUAUAUCCUUGACUUCUUAUAUAAGUAAAGAUAUCAUUAUUAUUAUGCAUUACUUUUGCAGUGCAACAUCACAGUGUAGUUCUCGAACAUGAGCCAAAAGAGACAAUGUUCCAAACAGGCCGGGAUUCAGACAUUUUUCACCAAAAAACAACGGGUGUCAGAUGCAUCCACAUCUGCAGAUCUCACACAGUCUGAUGCACCACAAGCUGACUCUAAUGAUAGAUGUGCUCCGUUGCCUUACACAUCAGCAGAUAAUGUGGAAAAAGUUCCCUCAGUAGAAAAAAGUCCAUCUGCUGUGCCUGUAACAAACGUAAGCAAAAAACCAUUGGAUAAUCAAUCUAAAAUGCCUACACAAGAGAUGUUGGAAGACCUUUUUCCUGGAGAGAAAUCAAGAAUUCAUCACCACGAUAUCUGUGAUGCGGGUUGUACCUUCAGUAGAGAAGAGAUUUCCAGGCAGCUAGAAGCAAACAAGGGCAAGAAGAAAGAAAAGCUGUUUAAUCACGCAUGGCUAUGCAAAGCUGACAUUGCCUACUGUGCAGCAAGCGGAUACUGGUGGCCUGUGUUUGUAGAAGGUGAAGGGGUGUAUUGUAUCCUGUGCAAGAAGCACAAUGUCCACUCUACACAAAAUAAGCAAGAGAAAUUCUCUGCAGAGCCCUCAGUGAGGUUCAAGUCCUCGGCAUUGGUGGGGCAUCUCAACAGUAGAACACACAAUGAAGUUAUCCAACUUGAACACACACAGAGGGGAAGUAUUUUCCAGAGAGAAGUCAGCAACAGAAAAGCUGCGGAGGCAAAAACAAUUGAAUGCGUCAUGCGUAAUCUAUAUUUCCUGAUGAAAGAGGAGAUAUCGAAUAGGAAAGCAGCCCAUCUAAAUGAGCUUGUAGCGUUGCAAGGGGGUGAAGAGAUCAAGUACUUCCAACACAGAAGUCAACGAGUGCAAAAAGAAAUGAUGCUAGCAUUGGGAGAUGCGGUUUGUAACUCCUUUUUGCCAGAUGCUCAGGCCGCCAGAUGUUUUGGACUGCUCAUAGACGACCUUACAGAUAUUGCUGUUCAAGAGCAGAUGAUCUGCUUCAUCCAGUAUGUAGAUAAGAAAGCCUCUAAACACACCAAGUUCCUUUUUACAACUAACCUUUUGAGUGGCGAAAGCUCUAGUGCGAAUUCUCCGACCAUAAAGGCAGCUGUGCUUCAAGGUUUGGAAAAUAAAUCCCUAGACACCAGAAAGUUUGCCUCAGUCUGUACUGAUGGUGCAUCAGUAAUGACAGGAGAACAAAAUGGCUUGGCUGGACUUCUUCGCAGAGAUUUCCCUGCAAUUCUCACCUUUCAUUGCGUCUGUCAUAGACUAGCUUUGGCAACUGUUGAUACCAGUAAAGAAGACGAUGUGAAAUACAUCGACAACGUUCACAACUGCCUUAGGCAGGUCUGGCAGCUUCUUGAAAACUCGCCCAAGAAAAUGGCGACUUUCAUCAAGAUACAAGCCAACGUCAACACCGUACAACUAAGUGCAAAAGGGAAAAAGGC